AUGCAAUCUCUGCAGCCGAUAUCCAAGAUAUAUUUUCUUCCUGUGGAAGAUAAUGAGCUCAUCACGAUGCUCUCAGCGGGCUCAAAAGCUGUUACGAAUGCCUACCAACGUUUCCGUGGAGUUUUCCCAAAACGAUCGAUGAUGGAGAUAGGACUCACUGAUACCUUUAUAAUGCACGCCCAGAUGGAGUACAGCUCACAGGGGAAAGACGCAUUCUUUGAAUGGAGCAACAAUGAAAACGAAACUGGUUGUGAUUUUAUGGUUAAGGUCAAUCAGAGCCAGGUGGGGAAUAAACGCGUUAUGUUAUUCCAAGCAAAAGUCGCAAAAACCACAGAGGACGGCACUUACGCCGACUUUUUCUAUGAAAGCGCGAAAACCAUCGGCAGGGUGAAGGUUCAGGACUAUCAGAACAUCCUUCUCGCUAAGUAUGCCAAGGAAAAUGGAUUUGAGGCAUACUACGUCAUAUAUGACGUGAAAGAGGUCUGGUGGGUCGACGUUUUUGCGUUGGCAGAAUGGUUUGACAAAAAUGAUAAGGCAAAAAUGACAAAUGUCAACUACCUAAUCGAGACGUUCAAAGCUCUAGCAAAAACGUCAAUUCUUGAGGCUCGGGCAAUGCGAUAG